UCGAGCCGGGGUGGUGGAGCGGCGGCGGCGGCGGCGCUGGCACCGGCCCUGAGCGCCAUGCGGCGGGGCAGCGCCGAAAGGGAGCUGGCGGAGCGGUGGGAGCUGGAGACGGAGGCCAAAGCCAAGGCGGCGGCCGAGCAGGUCGGCGUGGACGCGGGUGCGGCCGGCGAGCCGGAGCGCAAAGCGGGCGAGGAGCAGCCCAAGGCGCCGGCCCCGGAGCAGCCCCGCGCGGCGGAGGAGGGGGACGCCGGCGUCUCCCCGCGGCCGCCGCCCGCGCUGCCCCAGGACAGGCCGAAGCCGGCGCUGGCGCGGGGCCCCGGCCAACACGGGAAGCCCCGGAGCAAGGGCCGGAGCUGCAAGCGGAGCUGCGGCCGCCUCCCGGACGAGUGCGGCGCGCUGCGGCCGGUCACCGUGGACAGCUCCAAGGCCAAGACCUCCCUGGACGCCCUGAAGAUCAGCAUCCGCCAGCUCAAGUGGAAGGAGUUCCCAUUUGGCCGCCGCUUACCUUGUGACAUCUACUGGCACGGAGUUUCAUUCCAUGACAAUAACAUAUUCUCCGGUCAAGUGAACAAGUUCCCAGGCAUGACGGAGAUGGUGCGGAAAAUCACACUGAGCAGAGCCGUGAGGAUCAUGCAGAGCCUCUUCCCGCAGGAGUACAACUUCUACCCGCGCUCCUGGAUCCUGCCCGACGAGUUCCAGCUCUUCGUCGCUCAGGUACAAAUGGUGAAAGAAGGGGACCCCUCCUGGAAACCCACUUUUAUUGUGAAACCUGACGGCGGCUGUCAGGGGGACGGAAUCUACCUCAUCAAAGACCCCACUGAUGCCCGCCUGGCAGGGACCCUGCAGAGCAGGCCAGCGGUGGUCCAGGAGUACAUGUGUAAGCCCCUCCUGAUCGACAAGCUCAAGUUUGAUAUUCGCCUGUACGUCUUACUCAAGUCCUUAGACCCCUUGGAGAUUUACAUAGCCAAAGACGGGCUCUCCAGGUUCUGCACGGAGCCCUACCAGGAGCCCAGCGCCCAAAACCUGCACCACGUCUUCAUGCACUUGACCAACUACUCGCUGAACAUCCACAGCGGCAACUUCAUCCAUUCGGACAGCACGAGCACGGGCAGCAAGAGGACUUUCUCCAGCAUCCUUUGCAGGCUGUCUUCCAAAGGCGUCGACAUCAAGAAGGUCUGGUCCGACAUCAUCUCCUUGGUGAUCAAGACCGUCAUCGCCCUGACUCCAGAGCUCAAAGUCUUCUACCAGUCGGACAUCCCCACGGGCAGGCCCGGCCCCACCUGCUUCCAGAUUCUAGGCUUCGACAUCCUCCUGAUGAAAAACUUGAAGCCCGUGCUCCUGGAAGUCAACGCCAACCCCAGCAUGAGAAUCGAGCACGAGCAAGAGCUCUCCCCAGGGGUGUUUGAAAACGUCCCCAGCGUUGUCGACGAGGAAGUGAAGGUGGCUGUGAUCAGAGACACGCUGCGCCUCAUGGACCCUCUGCGGAAGAAGAGAGACAGCCAGUGCCAGCAUCUUGCAUUAGCCAGGAGGGAAGAGCCUGCGGACGGCGAGCAGACGGGCGCCCCCGACAGCAACACCAACCCCGAAGCCCACCUGCCUUCCAUCUGCCUCAAGCAGGUGUUCCCCAAGUACGCGAAGCAGUUCAACUACCUGCGCCUGGUGGACAGGAUGGCGAACUUGUUCAUCCGCUUCCUCGGGAUCAAGGGCACCAUGAAGCUGGGACCCACUGGCUUCCGGACCUUCAUCAGGAAUUGCAAGCUCAGCGGCAGCAGCCUGUCCAUGGCGGCUGUGGACAUCCUGUACAUCGACAUCACCAGGAGGUGGAACUCCAUGGCCCUGGACCAGCGGGACUCAGGGAUGUGCCUGCAGGCGUUCGUGGAAGCCUUCUUCUUCCUGGCCCAGCGCAAGUUCAAGCUGCUGCCCCUCCACGAGCAGGUGGCCUCGCUGAUCGACCUGUGCGAAUACCACCUGUCCCUGCUGGACGAAAAGCGCCUGGCCAGCAGCCGGGGCGGCCCGCACCCCCAGGGCGGCCCUCCCGGGGCAGACUCCCCGCAGCCGGCUGGGGGCAACCCCCCACCCCGCACCUGUGGGGCCAACAGGCUCGGCCAUCCCAGACAUGCCCUGUCCUGAGGGGGCCACCCCAGCCCCCAGAAGGCGAGAGGGCGCCCUCCAGGACUCCCUGCCUGCGGAGGGUCGGCGGAAUUCCCGUGUGAGACGCCCCCAUGCUCCGCGGCGCUGCACCCUGCUGGCCACCAGCCUUCCUCCUGGCACCUCCCGGCGACGCAUCCCUGGACACACGACCUGUGAAAUGUGACAGACAGGCACCUUCUGUUCUGGGCUCACGGGCAGCACCCACUGAGGGCAGCGCUGUUGUGUUCGAGGGUGGGGCACUCACGACCCCUAGGAGCCCAGAUCUGCGGGCCGGAAGUGGAGCCUCAAUGGGGCGGGGCCACUGGGCAUGGCUGCUUCUGGCCCAGGAGCACCACGUGCCCACCACCACCACCACCACCACCACCAAGAAGGCAGCGUGCACCUCCCAGCCCAAUCACCUGCUACCUGGGUGUAGUGAACAGAUUAGCCUCAUUUAUUUCAUUAGCUUGCCUAGUGCUGCAAUGUCCGGUUUGUUGCUAAUUAAGAAAUAAUUAAGAAGUAACUAAGUAAUGAGGCUCCCAGAGCCUCAGAGCUGACCGGGAGCCUCAAAGGUCACUUUGUUAGAUUUUGUUUGACCUUGACCCCGAAGCAGGGAUGCCACUUUUGGCCUCCCUGACCAGGCGGUCCUGUGGCCCCUGGAUGAGCCCCUGCAUGGGAGGGACAGCCCGGGGAUGAGGGACAGGGCUCCCUAGGGGAGGACAGAGACCUGGAGAGGCAGCAGGGUGGGCAGGAGUGGUUCUUGUCUGAAGCCCAGGAGCCAGGAGACCUGCUCCUUGUCUCUGUCUAUGCCCCAGGCCUAAGCCCUCAGAGGCACCAUGGGCCUUCCGAAGCCACGCCCUCCAGGACACUGGGAUCGGAGGGUCAGGGUGGCCUUUUCCCAGAGGGCUCCUUUAGGGGCUGCCAUGAGUCCAGUGGUCCCCACGCUCUGCGUGAGGAAGCAGCUGUACCGUCCGUGCCUGGCACACAGCGGGAGGCAGAACGUGCCUGCAGGUGCAGGGCAGGGGCCCGGGGCUCUGGAGGCAGAAGCGAGCCCAGGGCGUGUUCCCCCGUCUUCCUUCAGCAUCUUGUCUUCUCUUCCUUCCUUCUAACGUCCUGUCUGCCCGUCCAAGUCCCCUUCACCCAAACCGAUGGGUGCAGCUGGCUCCAGGCCCGUGUGCCCAGUAGAGGCUCAAAAAGCAUCUUGUGGAAAUGAAUUGCUUAGAUUUGCCCUCCCCGAAGUACUUUUAAACGCAAAGAGGAGGUUGCUAGCCCAAGCGCUCUCCAAAGGUUUGACCAGUUGUUUUACAGUGGGGGAAGGGGGGGUCUGUUAACCCUUGCCUGACCUCCUUCCUGCCAGAACCCCACUCUCUCAAGCAGUAAACCCUUCUCCCUGCAGCGUGACCACCGUGCAGUGUCCCUGCCACUCCGUUUCUGUCCCUGCUGCUGCUUCCUCUGGCUUCCAGGGAGCGGGGUGGAGCCCACAGGCCGUGGCCCUUCCCAGUGGAGGGGCCCGGAGCCCAGCCCUGCGGCAGGCACACCAGAGACAGCAGACACCUGUAAAUGACUUUUGUUCUCCCAAGCUGCACGCAGGAGUGGCUGCCGCAGGUGGGAGGGGCAGGGUGCGCCUCCGGGUGUGUAUCGGGUGCUUUUCCAUGUGGGCGUUUCAAGGCGUCAUCAGCCUGGUUCUCCUGUCGCCUUGGACAGUUGGAUCAUGCUAUUCCUAUUUUCAGAUGAAGAAUAAAAGGCCUGUAAGGCCAC